UAAUGUCGAGAUUUAAUAGUAAUGCUUUCAUUAGCAUAUCAUAUAGCUUAAUCACAAUUUGGCCCGAACCAAGGUGCACUGGGCAUCUAAUCAUCAUUCUAAUAGAAAAAUCAACAUGAGAUUGUUAAUAAGAAUAAAAAUCUUCAGGAGAUGAAAAUAGAACUGGAGAGAGAGAAAGAAAACAGUACUAUGUAUUAAAGAUUACGUAUAGAAAUUUAUAUAUAAAAAAUAGUUGAAAAAGCUUUAAAAGAAAUUUAACAAUAUAUUAACAGAUUUGGAUCAUACACUAGUACAGAUGAUGAUGAAAACGAAUCAAGAUAAGAAGCACCGCAUUUGAGAACAGAGUUUACUUGGAAAAAAUUGCAACCAUUGUUAGAUGGUUAUGAUGAAUAAAUUGCUGAACAAAAGCAUAUUGUAAUUAAAUUUAAAUAUAUUUUAUAAUUAUUUAGAUUGAAAUAUACAAAUAAGAUAUCAGUUAAUUAGAAUAAUUAUCAAGACAAUUUGUUGAAGAAAAUUAGACAUUGAGGGAAUAAUUAGAAAAAAAAUGUGAAAUUAUUUUAAAUAUAUAUUAAAAUGGAACAAUAUAAGAUUAAAUGGCUAAUUUAUACAGUAAAAUAUUUAUAUUUAAAUUAAGAGCGCUUAUAGAAGGAUGAUUGGGCAGAGAAAGUGAAAGAGCUUACAUAAGAAAAUCAUACAUUGUUGAAGAACUACAAAGAACUGUUGGGAAAAGUGAAAGAAUUAUAGAGAGAUUGUGAUUUAUAAAAAAAACAAUUAAAGGAAAAUCAACUAAAAAACGAGAAAUUAUCAACUGAAAUUAGUGAGAUUAGAGAUUUAAAAUAAGAAUAUUAAAGAAAAUAUGAAGAUUUACUUAGUUCAAAUAAAGAUGCAGAUAGUAAAAUAAGAGAAGUGAAGAAUAAAAAUGUAAAAUUUGAAUAGGAUAAUAUAAAAUUAAUCUUAUAAUAUGAAGAAUUAGAGAAAAGAUACUAAGCUUUAGUAAAUGAUUCAGAAAGUUAGUAGAAAGAUUUUGAAUCUGAAAUAGAUAAAUUAAGAUAAGAAAUUUCUGAUAAAUCACGAAAGAUAAAAGAAUUAGAAGCUGAAAAUCAUUCAAUAAACGAGGAAAGAGAUUAAUUUUCACAUGAUACUAAAAGCUUUUAAUAAAAACUUCAUGAGUCAGAAAAAGAAAAUAAUAAAAAAUAGUUAACAAUAGAUGAUCUCAAUAGAAAAAUGGACCUCAUGUAAAAAAGAGAGGAAGAACAGUAAAUUUUAAGUUAAAUUAAUAGUAUUAAAUUAUCGCAGAAAAGAGCUGAAAAGGAAAAUUAACUUACACUUGAAAUAGAUAAUUAUGAUUCUAAAACUAGAUAGCUUUAACAAUAAAUUGAUUCUAUGAAUUAAUCACAUUAAAAUUAACUAGAAUCUUUAAAAAAUGAAAAAGAUAAGGUAAUAGAACAGCAAAAGGUUAAAUACAAAUAAUCUGUUGAAAAUAGAGAAAAUGUAAAUUAUAAACAAAUAUUAGAAAAUAGCGGAGCUAGAGUAAUUUUUAAAUCAAAAAGAAAUUUUGAAUGAAAAAUUAUAAAAAGAGAAUCAUAGACUAAAAUAAGAAAGGGAAGAUUAUGAAUAGAAUAACAAGGUUGAAAAAUAUAAGUUAGAACAUGAGAACAACAGUUAUAAGUCGAAGAAUUAAGAAUUAGAAGAAUAAAUUCGUAGAAGAGAAUAAUAUUAUGAAGAUAAAAUAUAAGGUUUAAGAAUGGAUAAAGAUUAAUUAGAGUUGCAAGUAUAUUUUAGUAUUAAAUUAGAAUAAAAACAUCAAUUAAGUGCUUAAUGAACUAAAAUAGUAAUAUGAAUAAUUAAGAAAAAAGGCUAAUCAAAUAGAAAUUGAAAACUAUGAAUUGAAAGAUAAAGUGAAUUAAUAAGGUCGUUCAAUAGUUUAAGGGACAAAUUCCAAAAUAAUGAGAUCAUAUGUUCCUUCAUGAU